CCAACCUCUCAUUCCAUACCUCUCAAAACCCUAAUCAAUUCUCAACAACAUUUUUUCCUGGAUUGGAUCAAGAAACAUUCUAUCUACAUUCAGUCUUUAUCUUGCUCUUUUACAGAUUGAUCGUAUGAUCAAUCGAAUAAGGAAAUGGGACGAAGUAAGCUUCCAAUCAAGAAAAUAGAGAAUACCACUAAUAGACAGGUUACGUUCUCCAAACGUAGAUAUGGUCUCAUCAAAAAGGCUUAUGAAAUAGCGGUUUUGUGCGACAUUGAUUUGGCUUUGAUUAUGUUUUCUCCUUCCGGUCGUCUCAGCCACUUCUCCGGUAGGAAAAGGGUUGAAGAUGUGAUUUACCGUUAUAUUAAUCUAUCCGAUCGUGAUAGAGGAGGGAUUAUCCCGAAUAGAGAGCAAAUAAUCAACACCUUAAUGAAAAUCAAAACUGAAAAGGAUCUUGCAAUUCAGAGCCCUGCAACUCCUGGAUCAGACAUUGAGGAAAUUCAGAAACAGAUUCUUGAUUUGCAACAUCAACUUGAGAGAGACGAAGAUCAACUUAGGGUGUUUGAACCGAACUCAGAAAAGUUUACCUCAUUGGACGAAUUUCAAUCAUGCGAAGUACGACUAACAGAAGCAUUGCGCCGUGUUACACAAAGAAAGAGAAUUCUCUUGAGUAAAGUUGAACAACAAUCGAGUUAUCAGGACACCAUACAGCAAAUAAAUACAGUGGUCCAAUACAUUACUGAAGCACAAGUACUAGCAGCGGCACAACCAUCACUUGAGAAUGAAGAAGAUCAUGGAAUUGAGAUCGGCACUGGGGAUAAUAUGAAUAUUGGAUCCGACGCAUCUUCUGUUAGUAUAAGGGAACGUUCAUCACCAACGGUAUUUGAGUCUGUGUCACAAACAAGCGGAAAUGAGAAUGCGCAGAGCGCAGAAGGAUAUCAAAGUAGCAACAUAAAGGAUGACGGCUUUCAACAAUAUCUUUCGUCGAAAGAUCUCUUUUCUGCUUUACUGCCUCCAGAAAGUUCGACUUCUUUAGCCAAGGGUGUAAUGGAAAGUUCUAUAGGAGGAGCUCUUACUACAUUAGACCAACAGACCCUUGUCUUGGAAUCACAUUGCCACCAGCUGCCAUCCAGUGAACUUCAUCUAUAAGCUGCCAAUAUUAUUUAUUUAUAUUGGUGCAGUCAACAAAAAAAAAAAAA